AUGGCUGACAAUCAAGACGACUACUCGUACGACUACGAGUAUCUCUACAAGAUCGUGUUAAUCGGAGACUCCGGCGUUGGUAAGUCCAACUUGUUGUCUCGGUUCACCCGCGAUGAGUUCAACUUGGAGUCCAAGUCCACCAUCGGUGUUGAGUUCGCAACCAGAACAUUGGAGAUCGACGGCAAGAGAGUUAAGGCGCAGAUCUGGGACACUGCAGGCCAGGAGAGAUAUAGAGCCAUUACCUCUGCAUACUACCGUGGUGCUGUUGGCGCCUUGAUCGUGUACGAUAUCUCGAAGACGGAGUCCUAUGAGUCUGUGUCAAGAUGGCUAAAGGAGUUGAAGGAGCAUGCAGACGCGAACAUUGUUAUCGAGUUGGUCGGUAACAAGUCUGAUUUGGACCACUUGCGUGCAGUUCCUACGGAGGAGGCCAAGAGCUUUGCAACAGAGAACAGCCUUUUGUUUACCGAGGCCUCGGCCUUGUCUUCCGACAACGUCGAGUUGUCGUUCCACUUGUUGUUGAAGAACAUCUACGAGAUGAUCAGCAAGCAUCAGUUGGAUACCACUGAGAAUGUCAGCUCUGUGAGGCCGAGCGGAGGGCCCACCAUUUCGUUGACCCCAGCUCCCCAGAAGAAGAAGAGCAAGAACAACUCCAACUGUUGUUGA